GUAAUUUGGCGCAGUACUAUUUGGUUUAUUCAAAAAGUGAUGUAACAUCUCAUUAUUAUUUUCCAAUUUUGUGCAACACUUUUUUAAUAUUAGCAAAUUUGACAGAUUUCUAACCAUGUUUUUGUCGUGACCAUCGUUUCUUUUUUUCCGUGCACUGGGCGAUAUAAUAUUGUGAAAUAACAAAAAAAAUAAAAUAAUUGUAAAUAUAACAGAGAUCAGCAUGUGGAAAGGCUUAAGAUUAACACAGUCACAAUUAACUAAGAUACAUUUCAAUGGCCACAAAUUGCAGCCAAUCGGUGUCCCGGCCCUCGAUUCAGUAUUAAAUCAGUGGUAUGAAUUUUGUAAAAAGCCACCGAAAGGUUUUGAAAAAUAUUUUCAGCCCGGUGCAAGCCAAAAACAGACAAAAAAAAGUGAAAAAGAUGACUCCCCUGCACCAUCAAAAACUACACCACCCCCGUCAAAACCUUCAUCAUCACAAGAUAAAUGGAACAUAAAUAUGUUCUCCAGUAGUUCAGGAAGUGGUAGAGGAGGAGGUAGAGGCGGCUACGACAAUCAGGACCGAGAAAAAUGGAUGAUGUUUGGAGCAAUGGGUGUCGUAACAUUAUUGGCAUCGAUCGCUUACUUCGAGCUCAGGUACCGAGAGAUAAGCUGGAGAGACUUCGUCAACAUGUAUUUAAACAAAGGAGUCGUCGAGAAACUGGAAGUUAUAAAUAAAAAGUGGGUUAGAGUAAAAUUACAACCAGGUGCAUCACUAGAAGGUAAAGUCAUAUGGUUUGCAAUAGGCAGUGUUGAUUCAUUUGAAAGAAACUUGGAGAACGCACAAAUAGAAUUGAAUGUAGACCCACCACACUUUGUUCCUGUAAUUUAUAAAACUGAAGUGGAAGCUGCAAGUUUGACUGGAAUGUUGCCAACACUGUUAAUAAUUGGUUUCUUAAUUUAUAUGAUGAGAAGAUCAGCUAACAUGAUGGGGGGAGCUGGUCGUAAAGGUGGAGGUUUAUUUGGUGGUGUUAUGGAGUCAACAGCUAAAUUGAUAAACCCAACAGAUAUCGGUGUAAAAUUCAGAGAUGUUGCUGGUUGUGAAGAAGCUAAAAUUGAGAUUAUGGAAUUUGUUAAUUUCUUGAAAAAUCCUCAGCAAUACAUUGAUUUAGGAGCUAAAAUUCCUAAAGGUGCGCUGCUUACUGGUCCACCUGGUACUGGAAAGACCUUACUUGCUAAAGCAACAGCUGGAGAAGCUAAUGUUCCCUUCAUAACGGUGUCUGGUUCUGAAUUUCUGGAAAUGUUUGUCGGUGUAGGUCCUUCUAGAGUCCGUGAUAUGUUUUCUAUGGCACGAAAACAUGCACCUUGCAUUCUCUUUAUUGAUGAAAUUGAUGCAGUCGGUAGAAAGAGAGGUGGACGUAAUUUCGGUGGACAUUCUGAACAGGAGAAUACUCUCAAUCAGCUCCUUGUCGAAAUGGAUGGGUUUAAUACAACUACAAAUGUAGUUGUACUUGCUGCGACGAAUAGGGUGGACAUUCUUGACAAAGCGUUACUCCGACCUGGUAGAUUUGAUAGACAAAUCUUUGUUCCUGCACCGGAUAUUAAAGGCAGAGCUUCCAUUUUCAAAGUACAUUUAGGCCCUUUGAAGACCACACUGAAUAAAGACAACUUGGCACGCAAAAUGGCUGCAUUAACUCCAGGCUUUACAGGUGCGGACAUUGCUAAUGUAUGUAAUGAGGCAGCAUUAAUUGCUGCUAGAGAACUCGCUCAUGAUAUCAAUAUGAAGAACUUUGAGCAAGCUAUAGAGCGUGUUGUUGCUGGUAUGGAGAAAAAAUCCAACGUCUUACAACCUGAUGAGAGAAGGAUCGUAGCGUAUCAUGAAGCUGGACAUGCGGUUGCAGGUUGGUUCCUGCAACAUGCGGAUCCAUUGCUCAAAGUAUCCAUUAUCCCUAGAGGCAAAGGAUUGGGUUAUGCGCAAUAUUUACCCAAAGAACAAUAUUUGUACAGCAAGGAACAACUUUUUGACCGAAUGUGUAUGACUCUUGGAGGACGAGUGAGUGAGGAAAUAUUCUUUGGAAGAAUAACAACCGGUGCUCAAGAUGAUUUAAAGAAAAUAACCCAAAGCGCUUACGCCCAAAUAGUUCAUUAUGGUAUGAAUGCGAAAGUCGGAAAUGUAUCCUUUGAAAUGCCACAACCUGGAGAAAUGGUUAUAGAUAAACCAUACUCAGAGAAAACUGCUGAACUAAUUGAUACAGAGGUAAGAGAGCUAAUAAAUUCAGCACACAGACAUACAACAGAAUUACUGACUAAGCACAAAGAUAAUAUUACCAAAGUCGCAGAGAGAUUACUUAAGCAGGAGAUAUUAAGUAGAGAUGACAUGAUAGAGUUGUUGGGGCCUAGACCUUUCCCCGAGAAGAGUACAUAUGAGGAGUUUGUAGAAGGGACUGGAUCUCUGGAAGAAGAUACAACACUUCCCGAAGGACUCAAGGACUGGAACAAGGAAAAGCCAACAGACAGCGUGCCUUCCGCCAGUAAAAACUAAGCAAUCGUAUUAUGUAGAAUCUUUUUAGUCAGUUUUAUGUGAAAUAAACGUAACAUAUAAGACA